AUGGAACAAUUACCGCGCGAAUCUAAUUUCUUAUGUGGUGCCACCAGAGAUCAUUGCUUAGUAGGCGGUACACCCCAAGGUAAAGCAACGGUUUCGUCGCCGUCUGGUGGGUUCAAUAAUUCGGAUCUGGCGUCUUAUUUCUCGCGGACGGCUUCGAUUCCGCUGAGAGCGCCGACACCAGGACGUGUUAUGCCAUCAUCUACAUCUAGUGGAAAGACGCCGAGGAAGCUAUCAACUGGUGCCAUUGCCGGAAUAGCAGUUGCCGGUGCCGUUGUAUUAUUUGCCCUGGUAAUAGGUAUCUUUCUGCUCUGCUCAAAACGAUAUCGUAGCCCCCCAGAUACUCCUCCCAAAUUUCUGGCUCCCCAACAGCUUCCUAGCCACUCUCCGAGCGAGGUCUCUCCAUUUUCGCAGUCGUUUUCGAUGGCCCCGCAACAGGCUCCUGCUGA